GGAGCCUGUUUGAGGUGACGCAAGAUCCGGAGAAAACGAGUGCAGUAGUUGAGGCGCCACGUCGGCAGAACCAACAAGAUACAUCCUAUAUUUUUUAAGGAAAGUUUGAAACCGCGAAAGUACGAUUUUACGUGCGUUAAAAUACAGGACAACACGCUAUUAAAGUAUAGCUUUGAAUAGAGGAGUUUGAACAAAAGUAAAAAGGCACCGGGGGCUGAAAAUUGUAAUAAUAUUUUCAGGAAACAAACGAGCGCACCAAUUUUUCGUCUCAGGUGCGUAGCAGUCCCUUCUACAAGCGGGCAUCAGAAAUUACUGGAAACAUGGUGAAGAACGUGAACGCCACCCCAGAGCCCCAGCCUGAAGGUUGUCUCGUGGAAGAAGAACCUGAGUUAACUGGAAGCGAGCCCACAGCAGAUGAGGGGAAGGAUGCAGGUAAGGAGCACCCCGAGGCCCAGCCGGGCAUGAUCUGGCGGGUCGGGGGUGGCCUGUUCCGUGCCAGUAAAACUGUGGUGGGCGCCACGGUAGGAGGAGUUGCCUGGCUCGGUGGGAAGAGUCUGGAGUACACUAAAUCAGCAGUUACUUCAGUCCCCUCAAUGAGCGUCAGCCUGGUGAAAGGGGUCGCCGGGGGCGUGUCAUCGGUCGCCGGGGGCGUGUCAUCAGUGGGUUCCACGGUAGCUGGCAAAGUUCCGUUCAGAGCCAAGACAAAGGACAAGGCAGAGUGAGGAGGAGAUGAUGACGAUGAUGGACACGCAACACAAUGCAUCGCCCCACCGACUGAGCCAUAAGAGGAAGUGAUGAGUUGAAGCUAGUCGCCAUGUUUUCAAAGUGGAUUGAUUUCGUUAGUUUUUUUUCUUCGUUUGUACAUCAUUCACUAAGUUGUACCUGGGGAAACAACAUGUUCAGUAGUGCCUUUUGUAGCCUCCCCCUUCUUUCCCUGUUCUUUUUUUUUGUCAUUUUUUAAAAUCUGUGUUUUUGUUAGUGUUGAAGAGGGAGAUUACUAUUUAUUCAGGCCAGAAGUCACAAUUGUCCCCCUCGCCCUCUAUUCCCCCCCCCCCAAACACCAUUUCACUGAGCAGUGUGUACAGGGGUCUUCAUCCAAACCUACAUGGUCCCCUGAAGCCUUAAGACAAUGUAAAGCAGUUAUAUAAGGAGGGAGAGAGAUACAGGCAUGCUAGGUUGGGUUCUUCUCUUCCACCAUUUAAAGCCUGGUUUGUGGUUUAUYAUGUGCUGGAAUUUUUGUAUGAGUUUUUUUUUUGUGGCCGCAAACCCAAACACAGAACAUUAGCUUGUUUCGAUAUGCUACAGUGAACCAUGUGAAGAUAGCUUUUUGGGUCUUCUGAAAAGAGUUUGAUAGCAUUUCRAAAAUAAGAGUUGGAGGUGAUGUGGUUCUGAGAGCCAAUAGCCCUGUUUAGGUUGUUGUGGUAAAACGAUAUGAUCACUUUAWUCAUGGUUAUUCAGUAGAUGCAUAUAUGAAAUGGAGACGUCAUCAAUUUUACACAAAAUAAAAUAUCUAUUUAUUGAUGGACUUGUUUCUCUACUGUCUGUCUUUGGUCCUUUUAUAACGUUUCUAUGGAAACUCAACAUUUCAAUGCAACAGUUUGGGUUUGUUUCUGUCUUCUGCCAUAACUUGGCUGUUGCUGGUAGAGAAUGCUGAUAUGCUUGUACUUUCCAACAUAAUAAAGUCUCGUGGGAAGUUUGACAUUGUGCCUCUGUCUCAUUCACAAUUUGGGAUGUACCUUAUAGUCUCAAGUCUAUGCUACCGGGGUGUACUCACUAGGAAGCAAACGCAUUGAAAUGGUGAGGGACCUACCUGAAUUUGUCCAAUAAACUUGUUUUUGUUACAAAACGUUUAACCUUUGGAGUAAAUGUUUUCCGUUGCGAAAGGUUUUGCAACUGUUAGUCUAAAUGAGGCCUGGGGUGUACCCAGGAAUUAAAUGAUGAAGCCAAAUGAAUAGUUGGAGARGGUACUAAAUUUGAGAAGUCCAUUGGGACUGCAUUUCUUCAAUGGCAACAUACUCUGUUUGUGUAAUGUCUUUGUUGCCAUGUUGAAGGGCUCUUGGGUGUUGCUGAUUCUCAAGGGUCUGAGUGUUUGGGUCAAUAUGGGGUCCUAUUAUUAGCCUUUGUACCAAACUGUUACUGCAUUACAUAUCACUAUGGACAACACAACAGGUGGACUAUUCUACUGCUGAACCUAAGUGCUAGAUUCAAUCCGAUCACCUGUUUACUGCUAUGCAUCUUCAAGGCAAUGUUUCCGUGUUUAAACGCUGCAUGUAUCAAUCGGAAAUUACCGUUUGAAUGUCAAUCGUGCUGUUACGCAGAUCUUCUGCCGUCCGUAUUGAAUCUAGGCCUUACUGGCAACCAGCCAGACAAGAUAUUGAAUCCUCUUGACGUUCUUUUGUCUGCAAUGGCGUACUUUGAAACUUCUCCAUGUUCCAAAAAGAUAAAGUACUUGUAAGUGUUAACUUUUGUCAAGUGUAUUUAAAUAAACUGCUGAUAAAUCAGUAAA